CGUGAAGCCAAGGCCUUUGCAGUCCACUUAAGCUCGGGGCUCCAAACAGAGCUCGGCCACACACACACACACACACACACAUAUACACACAAACACAAAGACACACCCAAGGCGCAUCCCGCCAUGGACUCGGGCUUGUUGCCGCCGCUUCGCCAAAGAUGAGGAGGUACCACACCCGACGCUACGGCGCCAUCAUUGCGGCGAUCCUGCUCGCGGCCGUGGUGCUCUACACGACGGAGCCGCGCCGGCGCGCGUACUCGUGCAAGACGCUCGGCUCGUGCAUCGACAUCAUCCCGCACACCUACUCGCACAGGCUCCCGCGCGACCCGGCGCUGCGCGAGUACGAGGAGACCCUGGCCGACGGCGCGGUGCACUACACCCGCGAGCUCUUCGUCACCCGCAGCGGCGGCACCGGCACUGGCACUGGUGCUGAUUCUGCGGCCAUGGUCCAGCCGAACCUGCUCAUCCUGGUGCUCAACAAGGACGAGAGCUCGUGGGCGCGCGACUUCCGCGCCACGGGCCGCUCGGUGCACGACUUCCUGGACCUGCUGCUCACGACCAAGCUGGACCUGGCCACCGUGUCGCUCGGCAUGAUGACGUCGUCGCAGGCAGAGUUCGCCGCCAUCAAGCAGGCCACGAGCAAGCUCCCCUUUGGGCGGGUCAGCAUCCUCCUCAAGACUCCGGGGUCCUCAUCUUCCUCCUCGCCGGGCCAGACGGCGACGACGCUCGACUACAAGGACCGGCACGACCGGAGCCCCAAGGUCCAGCGGAAGCGCCGGGGCAUCAUCGCGGCGCUGCGCAACUACCUGAUGCUGCGGACCCUUGCGGACGAGGAGCACAUCCUCUGGGUCGACGCCGACGUGGCCGAGUUCUCCCCGGGCAUCGUGCAGGCCAUGCUCGCCCACGCCGCGGCCCGCCCGGGCGACGUCGGGCUCAUCACCGCGCGGUGCUCGCAGAACGCGCACGCCAACUACGACAAGAACGCCUGGAGCGUGGACAAGGGCGCCCGCACCCUCUGGAGCCCCGUGGUCGACGGCAUGCGCGGCGCCGCCGUCGACGAGCUCGUGCGCACCCGCAAGUUUGUCGACGUCCUCCUCCUCGGCGGCGGCGGCGGCGAGGAGGAGGGGCCAACCUCGGACGCGGACCUCGUGCCGCUCGACAGCGUCGGCGGGACCAUUCUCUACAUCCGCGCCAGCAUGGUCCGCGAGGGGCUCAGCUUCCCAACGUUCAAUGUCGUCGGGACCACGUGGAGCCACGAGGGCUGGGUCGGCGUCGAGACGGAGGGCAUCUGCUAUGUCGCGGCCCAGAUGGCGGGUGGUGGUGGUCGGUGCUGGUUGCUGGGUGGGAGCCAUGCUGUGCGCCAUGCGGAUUGGGGCUAAUGUCGGUGCUCUAGUUGCUGCUGUUGUUGUUGUUGAUUUCGUGAGGUGUCUGAGCCGGGAGUGGGAAGAUGUAGCGUGGCCAUACACCUGCGCAGAUAGGGAAUGCAUAGUACUGCGAAGUCAUGUACGUGAGACGAGUAUAACCAACAGGGGGGCCAAGACAUGUCAAUCCCUUCGCAAGUCGCUCAGCCGAAUCACAAUACCCGUGGACCUCAUUUGUCCCCAUCGUGUCAAUGAGCAUAGCCGUGCUUCCAUGACUUGUACG